CCAGUAGAUAAAAUUAGGAGCCCUCACCCACUACACGUUCAGAAAGAGAGAAAGAGAGAGUUAUUCUAGCUGUUCUUUGGUGUCUACAUUCAACCUGGUAGGAGUUUGGUUUAAAGUAACACUUUAAUCAUGGACAACCCAGGAACAAACAGUGAUGAUGAAUUUUUCAGAAACAUUGGAACUCUUACUUUUUCGGACAAGAAGAUGCUCACAUCACCUAUAAUCACAUCAUUUGAGAUAAACGAGCCAAAAAGCCAGAAAAAGGCUUCCAACUGCUGUAUUUGGGCUACACUUAUAAUAUACCUGGCUUUGCUCACUGCAGGUGUUGGACUGCUGACCUAUGAAGUCUAUAAGCUGCACAAAGAUAUAGAUAACAUUAAAAAAGGUCCACCUUUAACAGGAAAACCAGAUAGUCAUUUUGCCAAUGACACUCUGCAGAAAGAGACCGUUUUUGGAACAAACUCACAGAGAGGGGAAGACAAUUGGAUCAGAAGUUUAAAAGAAGAAAUCCAGAUAAUCAAGCUGAACAAUCAACAUGUAAAUUGGAAAAUAGCUAAUGUUACAGACCGACUUGAUAACAAUGAAAUUCGAGGACCUCCAGGAUUUCCAGGUGCCAAAGGAGACAGAGGAGUUUCAGGAAUAAAAGGGGACCAGGGCAGUAAAGGAGACAGGGGUGAAAAAGGAGACACUGGUUUCCGAGGAAGCAAAGGAGAGCCAGGGACAAAUGGUUUUGGAUUGCCUGGACACAAAGGAGAACGAGGAACAAGAGGAGACCCAGGUGUACAAGGAGAGAAGGGUGAAACAGGAACUAUGGGACCCAAAGGAUUAAAAGGAGAUAAAGGAUUUCCAGGUUUAGCUGGAAAUGAGGGUCCAAAAGGAGCAAAAGGGGAUUUUGGACCUGCUGGGCCAAAAGGUGAACCAGGAUUAAAAGGAGAUAUGGGAGCAAAGGGACUUCGAGGUGACCCAGGGCCCCGAGGAGAAGCUGGUGGAAAGGGAGCAGUGGGCCCAACAGGACCAGCUGGAUAUCCAGGACAGAAGGGGGUACAGGGAGAACGAGGUCUCCAAGGUCUGAACGGUCUUCAAGGAUUUCCGGGAGUCAAAGGUGAGCCUGGCAUCAGGGGACCACCAGGACCUCCUGGGCUGCAAGGUGCAAAGGGAGAGAAAGGAGCAGCAAGUAACCUUCGAGGGCUACCAGGACCAAAAGGAGAUAGUGGGCUAAAAGGCAGCAAAGGUGAUCCAGGAGUACCAGGCAGUAAGGGUGCAAAAGGAGACGCAGGAACCAAAGGAGCCCAGGGGAUACAAGGGCUUAAAGGUGAAAAGGGGACUUCAGAAUCGCAAGACCAUCCUGUCAGACUUAUUGGAGGGGUGAGACGUGGCCGAAUUGAGAUUCAACACAAUGGAGUAUGGGGCACCAUAUGUAAUGAUGACUGGGAUGCAAAAGACGGAAUAGUGAUUUGUCGAAUGCUGGGAUUUCAAAAUGUAGUUGAGGUCUUCACUGCAUCUCCAGGAUCUGGACAAAUCUGGCUGGAUGACGUGCACUGCACAGGAAAAGAAAACACGAUUGUCUCAUGUCCUAAACGAAUAUGGGGUCAACACAACUGUGGCCAUAACGAAGAUGCUGGAGUGGAGUGCUCUUAGAAGAAGACCAUUCAGCACUGGAUACACACAAGAGAACUGUAGCUUUAGCAAAAGAGAGAAUCCACUUUUUAAAUGAAGUAGUAGAUUGCUUCUUUUAUAAUACAGGCUGCUGUGGUUAAUUCCAGAAAUUUUGCUCUCCAGAUGAAUGUGUAGGGGUCAUUUUUAAAAAUAUUGGGCAUGCUAUCAGGCAUAGGCUUUUUUGUCUGUCUGGUUGAUGGCAAUGCUGAAAGGACAACUUAGGCAAAAGGAAAGGGUCCUAAGGUCUCAGAAUGCUUUUUUUAAAAAAAAUUCCAGUCUUCAAAGGUCUGAAAAACAUUUUUUUUUUUUUGCUGCAGCUGCAACUGCCACUGAAUAUUUGUUUCUGGGAUAGAUACCCUUUAAUAUAUUAAUUCUUCAGAUACAAUGCUGCAGUUGUCAAUGCAAAUGGCAAUGACAGCUUUUUCAGUGAAAUAUUUCUCCAUGCUUGGCAGAGGUUUGGAUUAGAUGGCCUUUUGCCCUCUUUUAACUUUAUGCUUCUAUGAAUGCAUCCAUGCAAACUCAACAUUAUAGUAAUUGGAUGAUAUAAAACUUAUAGUAAGCAAAAGCUUGUAAUAGUCACUUCUUUGCCUAUUCACUGCAAAGCAUCAAAUAGCUAUGCAUGUUGAUUUCAGGGACCUUACAGUUAGUUAAGGGGGGGUAUAUCACUCAGUGUAGCAUAGGUCCACAUGUGUCCAUAUAUGGACCUAUGCUACACUGAGCCAUAUACUCACUUGAGAUGUUGGACUGAGACCGUGAAUUUUAAAAUUUUAUUUGAACUGCUAAAAUCAUAAUUCUUCCAUUCCUCUCCCAACUCUUUUCCAUUACUGCCUGCUCUAGAAAAAGCAUUUUACUAUCUCCAGCAAUUCAAAUAUGGUAUGAAUCUGGAGCCAUUUUCAAAUAAACACGUCCUACAUUUGGGACACAAUCAAAAUAGCUUCCUACAAAUGAAGACACUUUGGAAAUGAAGCUUAUGAAAAAUGUAGCGACUUCUACAACAGCCUCAUGAAAACACAACUCAAAGGUUUUUUCAGGAUUUAGGUAUGACCGUUAAUUCAGCUCUGAACCAGUUUAAAGAAAUAUCGCAGGUAUACUGCAUAUUUAUUGGGAAUGUAUGUUUAUACAUGUCAAUGCAACAUGUGGUGUGAUUAAUGUAUAAAAAGUUGCUUCAGCCUCAUUCACUUAUGGGGACUAAAACAGCAAACAGAAAUCUGAAAUGUGUUUCAUACAUAAUAGGAAUAUAUAAUGGUCAUUGAGGAGAAAUCAAAAAUUUCUUUUUAUUGAUUUAUUGCUUUUUAAAAAGCUCUUCAUUCAGUUGUGCUUUAAUAUGAUGAUUUGUUUAAUUGUGUUAUCAUUUUGUAUUUCUGUCUGUAUUUUAAGUUUGAUGUAAGUCAGUUGGGGAAAAAGAUGGGCAAUCAGAUCAAAUUUUAAUAAAAAAGACUUCACUAAAA